AACGGUAAAGGAGCCGCACCUUCCUCCGGAGGAAACAGGCGUGUCCCGCACGUCCCGCGCUUCACCUGCUUUUACAGACUCAGACACGUUCUGGAGGAAACAGAGACGCAUGGUGUCUUAAUUACUCCGCACUUCACCUGCUUUUACAGAGUUCGAGGGGGUGUAGACGACAAAACAAGGAGCAUGCCUUAGAGAAAAUACCAUUUCAGACCCCUCGGGCGGCUUUUCUUCAAAAAUAGAGAUCAACGACAAAUUUAGGGACUUUUUUUCGAGUGUAUUGAAGACGUCUAGACUCCAACGUGAAACAUUGUAGCGGAGUGCUAUCCUAACAAAAAUUGAGGAGGCGGGAGGCGCUGAACUGCUAAUCAUCCGAAGAAGAAGACGAUGACGAAGAAAGGGCGGAAGUGAACGGAAGCUCUGGGUGUGCCGAUAUUUCCCCGUGAAAAGCAAUAUCCGACGCAGACCUGUCAACAACUACGAUGUUGUGUCGGACGGUGCUCGUGUCCGCGCUGCUGUGCGCGGCCUGGGCCGCGGACGAGAUUAGGUACUUCCUGGACGGCGGUUCGUUGACGAUCAGCCCGCAACCCGUGUCGGCACCGAUCACCGUCAUCACGUGGAAGUGCAGCGGGGACGUGGUGGCCGAGUGGGUCAAAGACAAGAUCGAGCUGGAGUACCUGGGCCGGUUCAAAGGCCACGCCUCGCUCGUGCUCGCCACGGGCGAGCUCACGGUGACCAACAUGAACCCCCAGCUCGCCGGCACCUACACGGUGGAGAUCAACUACCAGGUCCAGCCCGUGGGCUACAAGGCCGUGAUCCUGAAGUCGGUUCCGACCCCCAGCGUGGCCGUGCAGCCGUUGGCGUGCACGAAGGACCGGGACGUGUGCGCGCUGUUGUGCGAGGGGGACGUGGCCGGAGCAGAACCGAUAACCGUCUUCUGGAGGGAGGAUGAUGGAGCCUGGAGCAGCGGGGAGGAGAGGAAGGAGAUCCUCAACAACAACUUCACCCGGGCCGUCCAGACCUUCUCCUGCAGGCUGGAGAACCCGGUCAGCUCUGGGGAGAGUGAACCCUUCCAGAACCCGUUCUACGUGGAGACUCCUGGUUCUGGAGCUGUGGUGGGUGGAGUUAUCGGCGGGCUGGUGGUUCUGGUUCUCAUAGGAGCAGGUGUAUUUGUAUACCUGAAACGAAAGAAAAGGUCCCAGAACCUGGACCUUCAACCAGCUGCUUGAACUACCCCCCCCCCUGAGAAGAAUGCAGCCGAGAACGUCCCUUUAAAUGUUAAAGCAGCACUAUGUAACUUUUCCACCUUAAUAUCAUAUUUCCAGAGUCAGAUAUUUCACAUGAGAGCCACAGAAGAAUAAGAAUAUAAUUGUCUGUAUUCAUGGAGUCCCCCCCCCCCCCAAAAAAAAAAAACAAAAACCAGAGCUCCUGACCUCUUCCGUCAGGUGUUCCCAGGUGAGGGGUGGCUCUGCCCGGCGUGUCUUGGGUCUGGAGAGGCCCUGAACUCCUGCCAAUCUCUAUACACUUUAUUCUCAUAUUUACUAAAAAGGAAAGGGAAAAGAUCAGCGCUCACCUUGGCUCCACGUCAUUGACAGCUACAAAUCAAGCCAGAAAUCUUAGUGUAAUUAUUGACUCAGACCUGAACAUCAACAGCCAUCUAAAGUUUAUCACCAAAUCUGCCUAUUACCACCUAAAAAACAUUGCUAGAAUUAAGGGGAUUCUGUCUAAACAAGGACAUGGAAAAACGUAUUCAUGCAUUCAUUUUCAGUAGGUUGGAUUAUUGCAAUGGCAUCUUUACAGGCCUUAACAAGAAAUGAAUCAGGCAGCUGCAGCUGAUCCAGAACACUGCCGCCAGAGUCCUUACAAACACCAGGAAACUGGACCAUAUUACACCAGUCAUGAAAUCACUACACUGGCUUCCAGUGAGUCAAAGGAUAGAGUUUAAAAUCUUCCUGCUGGUCUACAAAGACCUGAAUGGUCUUGGACCAAAAUCCAUGCUGGAUCUGUUAGUUCCUAUGAAGCUCCCAGACCCCUGAGGUUCAUCUGGAUCUGGUUUGUUGUGGUUCCCAAGAAUAAGAACCAAGCAAGGUGAAGCAGCUUUUCUCAUAAUUUUAUUUCACUUUAUUUGUUAUGUACUGUCUAAUUAUGUCUUGCUGCUUUUAAUGUUGAUGUAAAGCACUUUAAAUGACCCUGUGUUGAAUUGUGCCAUAUAAAUAAACUUGCCUAAAUACAGUAGGAGGGUGGUAGUCGAGUGGCUACAGAGGUGGGCUCGGGUCUGAAGGACCCAGGUUCCGGAACGGCAACCAAGAUGAACCAGCUCGGGCCCCUGAGCAAGGCCUUAACCAUGGUGUGUGUCUCACAUGCAAGUUGCUUUGGAUAAAUGACUGACUAAUACAUGGCUAAAUGACACUAAUAGUAGUAGUAGACACAUACUACAAUCUACUGUUACAUUUAUCAACCUCAUUUUGAGUACAAAUGUACUUGUAUGGAAUGUAUAUUUGCCAUGUUUGCUUUAUAAUGAACCUUUGACACGAAUAAAAGAAAGGAAAAAGAAAA